AUGGAUACCAAGAGUCAAGAGAAUAUUGCAAAUGCGAAAAUGUUGCCAAUUAGACUAAUUACAUUUGUAAUGACUACUUUCAUAACUGAGAGAAGUUUCAGUACACCUGUCUACAAUAUGCAGCCAGCACAAAUCACUGCCAAUAUUGGAACAAUGGGUCGUAAUAUACGACAUUUGCCAUGUGUUUCUUUACGUACAGGUACCCAAGGUACAUGUAUGUUUGCUAUUGAUUGUUUAAAAGCAAAUGGUACACAUUUGGGUACAUGUAUUGAUAGAUUUUACUUUGGUUCAUGUUGCCAUCUACCAGAUACUACCAGUUCACCACCGCCUGUAGAUACAUUAUCUGGUAUUUUAGAUAAUACAAUUGAUGAAAAUGAUACUCUGCCGCCUGUAAAAUCAAAUAAUGAUAAACCAUUUACAUUACCAUUGUUACAACAAUUAACAACAGUUACAAUACAGCCAGAAACAACAACACAGAAAUUUGUAACAAGUCAAUCAGUAGAAACGACGACAUCAAAACUAAAUCGAUUUACGACACCGAUCACAGCGACACGGCGACCUCAAACUACAACAACAAAAUCAACGACGAAAGGUCAAACAAUUAGAACGACCACAAUAAAACCACUCAACAACACAAAAUUUCAACCAGAAAAAAUUAAUUUAAGUUCAAUUGAAAACGAAGUUGUGAAGAAGCCACAAAUAAAUACAACAAAACUUAACGAAAGUACAACCGAAAUUCCAUUUAAAUUAACAACAUUCCAAACAAUUAAUAAUCAAACAACAAAACCGAAACCGAUAAAACAGACAACAAUCCGACCAACAUCAUCAUCGAUUGUCAAUACACCAAAACCAAAACCUAGACCGACAACAACAAGAAAACCGAUUACAAAACCAACAUAUAUUACAAAGCCAACAUAUGUUACAAAACCAACAUAUGUUACAAAACCAACUACAAAACCGAUAAAAAUAACACGCCCUACAACCUCAACAACAGUUCCUAGUAUCAAACGUAACAUCACCACAACGAUUUCUACAACGACAAAAAGGCCAACAAAACCGACAAAAUUUACAACCAAAAUCAAACCUCAAACAACAACGAUUAGAAUACCUACAACGGAAACACCAAUUAAAUUAACAACAGUUUUAUCACCUAUUGUUACAACAAGUACUACGAAAGUAGCAACAAGUACAACAAACAGUGAUAAUUUAACAACAAAAGUGAAUAUUUCGUCGAUAUUAGUGCCAGUGCAAACAAUAAAACCAGAUCAAAAGAUUGAUAAUAAUGUUACUGUGACAACAGAUUAG